AUGUUUCAUGAAGCAAAGGACAGGCAGAAGUUCGUCAGUGAUGUUCAAUAUCUGCGGGACAUACAGCAUAAGACGGACUCAGAAUAUCAGGCUUGUCUGAGACGACAGGAAUACAGAAGAGACCCAAAUGGGAAGAAACGAGAUCAAUUUUGGGGACAAGAGACAAAUUUUGAGAGAUCCCGGUUUUCAAGUGGGUCAUCUUCCAAACAGAGUUCUGGUGAGAAGCAUGCUCUAGCUGAACCAGGAUUACCUGCCAAGAGUUCUGCGCGUAAGAGUGAUUCCAGACUUCCAGCAAUUGACCAAACAUCAGUCAAGCACAAACAUAAAAGUACCACGACUCCAAAGAAAUCAGAGAACGCGGGCCCCAGCAAACCCUCUCCAGCAGCCCAGGCAUCGCAGAUUUUAUCAAGCAAGAGGAGGCCAAACCUAAUAGUCAGCCCAGAAAUGCAGAGCCCGAGAGCGUCUGGGGACAGAAGCAGAGAGAAACUGCAGCUGCCCGGGAAGGCGCCAGCCCUCAGGGGAGUAGAUCCAAUCGUUCAACAAGAAGGUCCAAUGUGGGCAAGUGACACCAAGCUGAAGAGGCCAACUCGAGAGAGAAGAAACUUGGUCCCAUCCUCACAGCUAAUAACGGUGAUGGAGAAUACCCCCGAGAAAGCCAAAAAAAAAGGCCUGAGUGCUCUCUCCCAGAAGGAACCACACCCAGCCCUAUCCCAGGCCUUCCAAGGAACGAACAGUCCUCAAGAGUUGACCGAGUCCUUGGGGCCACCACGCAUAGCUACCACCUUGGAAGGGCCAAGAAGAAUGAUGUUUCGGCUCAGAGAUGAAGAUUUUUAUUCCGUUUUAUCCUCAAACUCUGGAGAAGAAAAUGAUGACACUGAAGAGGAAACCCAUGUAGAGGAAGAACUUUUGCUGGCUGGUAUGCACCCGCUCCGUUCUCCUUCCAAUCAUAAGAGAAGUAGAUUUCUUGGGACAUUGGCCACUCAGGCCAAAAAUAAAAGCUUUGAAGAAAAUCCUGCAAAUUGCAGAGCGAAUUCUGUAAGAAGUGAGUCCAGUCAUGGCUCAUUACGAAUUAGCAGUGCAAUGCAGCUAGUGACAGGGCAGCCUUCCACCUGGCAAGGGAUAUUCCAAGACCCUGGGCGGCCUGAUGGGGGGUCUGCUAAAGAGAAAGACAGCAGUGACAGUGAAAAUGAGAAGACCUUUCAUUCAUGGGACACCAAAUCCAAAAGCAGUCUGGAGGAUGACCUUAAUGCUGAAAAUGUAUUUUGUGAUGUUACUUCUAUGGAAGACAGGCCCGGAACCCAUGAUUAUGAAAGAGAUUGGCAGGCCCAUUUAAGUGACUCUCAUAAUCGUCUUGGCUGUUUUCUUGCUGGUAGACCAACAGCUCCAAGAUCGUCAAUGAAUUCAUCCUAUAACACCCCAGGAUCAUUCAUGCAUUCUGCUCUGAGAGAUGAUACUCCAAUAGACCUGUCCACAUCAUCUACCUUAGCUCCCAGUUCAGACUCGGAGGGAAGCUCCAGGUUUAAUGUUCGUCAACCACUGUCCCCCAUUAGAAACAGGAAUCUAUUUGCCAGUGCUGAAAACCACAGUUAUUUUCCUGUAAACAGUGUGCAUGAAUUUGAUGUCAGGGGAGCAGAACAUAUUACUUUAACAAGGCAAUCUCAGGAGGCUCCAUUACAUACAGAAGAUCUCUUACUAAAUCCUCAAAGCAGCUUGUCCUUGGUGGAGUCUUCCAGCUCUUCUCCAUCAGAAAUGAAUUUACAAGGCCACUUGCAUGUGCCCAGGUCCCUGCAAGAAAAUAUACCUUUUAAUUUCUUUGCAGUGUCUGAGUUCCCAAAUCAAAAUGACAAUGGAAGCAGAAUGGAGGUCCCUGGCGUCACCGAUGAAAAGGAAGCCACUAAAAUAAAGGCAGACCCUGAGAAACUCAAGAAAUUACAAGAAAGUCUACUGGAGGAGGACUCUGAGGAUGAGGGAGACUUGUGUCGCAUCUGUCAGAUAGCCGGGGGUUCCCCCGCCAAUCCCCUCGUGGAGCCGUGCGGCUGCGUGGGAAGCCUGCGGUCUGUCCAUCCGGAGUGCCUGAAAACAUGGCUGAAAGUGAAAAUAACAUCAGGAGCAGAUCUUGGCGCCGUGAAGACCUGUGAGAUGUGUAAACAAAGCCUGCUGGUCGACCUGGAUGAUUUUAACGUGGCCGAGUUCUACCAGAAGCACCAGCAGUCCCGGGCACAACACGAGCUGAUGAAUUCAGGCUUGUGCCUGGUGCUGCUGCUUCGUCUCUACGAACAGAGGUUUGCAGAACUCAUGAGACUCAACCACGGUCAGGAUGCAAGAGAGAGGUUGUCAAGAAAUUACCCACAACCCAGACCGGAAGAAAAUGAAAGUUCCGAGUGGAGAGAUGGGAAUGACAGUAGCAUUUGUGAAAGCAACAGCCCAGUGGUCUAG